CAAAAACUAUGUAACCCGAAUGCUUUCCACUUGUCAGUUUUAAAUAAAUCUUCAACUACUUCAAUCAGUUACAUUUUAGAUCGCCAGAGAAAAACAAACUACCUUUUAACUCGCAGCCAUGGGCGAACACGAGAAGACGUUUAACAAGAUUGUCGAGUGGCUUAAUGAAGCCAGUACCUCUACGGAUCAAAAAUUGAAAGUUGCAAAUAUUAGCAAAGUUCAAGAACUUUUAAUUCAUCAAAAUCCUCAGUUAUUGGAGUCAUUUUUAGAUGAUGUACUUGCUUUCCAAUCAGACCGAACUAUGGAAGUACGUCGAUCUGUUGUAGGAUUCAUUGAAGAAUCAUGUAAGAAAGAUCCUGCCAUACUUCCAAGAGUGAUGGAUAGUCUGGAUUUAUUGCUUCGGGAUAGUGUUCCUCAAGUACAGAAGCGAGUGGUUCAGGCUGCAUCUCAAAUAUAUCGUGGAACGCUCAUGUACAUAGCCCGAACUCAACCUGUGCCUGCUCAAAUGGAAAAAGCUUGGGGAGCCAUGUGUACCAUGAAGUCGGAGAUUGUUAAAUUGAUUGACAGUGAUAAUGAUGGUAUUCGGACUCAGUCAGUAAAAUUCCUCGAAGGAGUGGUGUUACUUCAGACCUACCCUGAAGCUGAAAGUAUGGUGAGAGAAAAUGAUUUCAAUCUCGAAGAUAUUCCACUAACAUUAAAGAUUGUACGCAGAAGAAGAUUAGAGGAGGAAGCAAGCAUGAUAUUCCAACUGUUGGUGAAAUUUCAUGGUGAGGCCCAUGUUAGCAGUGUCAAUCUUAUGACUUGCAUGGGCUCCCUCACUCUCAUUGCCCGUAUGAGACCUCAGUUCAUGGGAAAAGUUAUUACUUGCCUGGAAAAUUUAAAUAAAAAACUUCCACCCACACUAUCAAAGUCACAAGUGAAUUCCGUGAGAAAACACCUAAAAUUACAGCUUACCAAUUUGUUGAAGCAGCCAUCAGCUGUUGAUUACCAUCCAGAAAUUAUGAAGCUUUUGGCUGAUCUUGGAUGUACCCCUCAGGAGAUAGCAAAAAUAAUGCCUAAGGUUGAUGACAAAUCACGGCGCAAUCACAAGCGACCUGGUACUGAAAGUGCCAGCAGCUUGCAUAAGAGACCAAAAUUAGAGGCACUUUACCGACCAGAGCCAGUGACUGAGCAGAAAAAGAGCCACUCCUCAAAGGCCAUUCCCGAUGUGCCUCCAGAGUUGACUGAGAAAUUCAUUGCAGAGCGUCUAGCUCCUGAAACUGUUUCUGAACUUGUUCUUGCAGCUCUUCAUCAAGUGCCUGCAUCUAUGCCACCACACUUUCCAACAAGCUACACUCCAUUCAAAGAACCUGGCUCGCAAGCUCAUAUUCAGUAUCUUGCCAAACUUCUCCAUUCACAGAUGUCAGGAUCAGCAGGUCGCCAAGUUCCUCGCAAAUCUGGCAGAGUUUUAACAGAACUAGAGGAGGAUGAUUUAGACGAAGUAGCUGCUCCUCCUCCACCCAAAGCUGCAGCCCCCGUUGCUCCUGUAGCAGCAGCACUGGAGCCUGUCUUGCUUCCUCCUCCACCUCCUGUGGAGGAGCUCAUGGACCAAGAUGGGGAUGACUUGGAGGGUCCUCUCUUACCCCAGAGAGAAUCAAAUGAACAACUAAUGUCAGAGAGGGAGAAGCUCAAGGAAUUGACUCCAAUGACACCAAUGACAAGACCUCUAAAGCAGAAAGCUCGUGCUCUCAAGUUGGCAGAGAUCACCAGACCUUUAAGUCAAGAGAUGAAAACAAAAAUGUGCCUCUCAGCUGUCAAGCGUAUAUUGAAUGCAGAAAAAACAGCCCAGUUUGGUGGUGUCAAUGCUAUUCGCAGUAAAAUCAUUGUCACAUUGGCCUCCACAUAUAAUUCAGAUGUUAGAGGGGAUAUUUUACAAUUUGUUGUUGAUGAUUUACAAAAUAAAUUAGAUCUGGAUCUUGCUAUAUCAUGGCUUUAUGAAGAAUAUAGCCUCAUGCAAAGUUUCACAAGGAAGCCAGUUUUCAAUGAGGAUGAUGGAUCUGCUGUUAAAAGAUAUGUGAAACUCUUCUGCACCCUUGCAGUUCAUUUAGCUGAGAAACCUGAACGAGAACCUCUACUGAAGAGAUUGUAUCUAGAAGCACCUUGUAUUACCGAGGAGGCUACAGAUAUAUUAAAGUCACUUAGUUGUGAUGAAACCAGAUGUUCAGUUGGCUUACAACUUUUGCAAAGCCUUGUCAUCAGGCGCCCUCCCAAACAGCUUACUUAUCUGAAUGCACUUCUUGAACAUUCCGCACAUGACAGCACAGAGGUCCGUUCCAAUGGCAUGAAAUGUGUUCUGGCUUUGUAUGAUGAUCGGUCAGAUCUACGUUCUAUCAUAGAGGAAUACGCAAUUAUGUACCUUGGUUUUCUACAAUUACCAGCCCCUCCAGAUGUAUUAUUUGGUGCUGAACGAGGCAGGCCCUCUAAGGCUGAUACUUGGGCAGAGGGUCCAACUAAAGCUUGUUUGUACUUGUACCUUGAGCUUUUACCACAUGAACACAGAUUGAUUCAUGAGUUAACCAGAGUGUAUGCUCAAACUGUAGCUGAUGUGAAACGAAUCAUUUUACGAUUGUUGGAUGCUCCAGUAAGGGGUAUGGGAAUGGAUUCUCCAGAGUUGUUAAAGCUUGUUGAGGAGUGUCCAAAGGGUGCUGAGACCCUUGUCACACGAGUAAUUCACAUUCUCACUGAUAAAACUCCACCAAGUGCAGAACUUGUGAAACGAGUGAGGGAGCUUUACCAAUCAAGAGUUUCAGAUGUUCGUUUCCUUAUACCAGUUUUGAACGGUCUUACCAAAAGGGAAGUCAUUGAUUCUCUACCAAGGCUUAUCAAGCUUAAUCCUAUUGUUGUGAAGGAGGUUUUCAAUAGAUUGUUGGGUAAUCAUUCAGACUCAUCAAGUCACAACUCACCUUUAACUCCAGUCGAAUUGCUUGUGGCUCUCCAUGUGAUUGACCCUAAAAAAUGUGAGCUAAAGACAGUUAUAAAGGCUACUACAUUGUGCUUUUCUGAGAAGCAAGCCUAUACUCAAGAAAACUUGGCUAUUGUAAUGCAACAGUUAAUGGAAAUGAAUCCACUGCCCACACUUUUAAUGCGUACUGUCAUCCAAUCUCUUGCUGCUUAUCCAAAUCUCAGUGGAUUUGUUAUGAACAUAUUGCAAAGACUCAUUUUGAAACAAGUGUGGACACAACGGAAGGUUUGGGAAGGCUUUAUAAAGUGUUGCCAAAGAACUAAGCCACAGAGCUUCCAAGUGUUAUUACAGUUACCAGCUCCUCAGUUGCAAGAAGUCCUUGAUUCUUGUCCGGAGAUGAGACAGCCUCUUCUGCAACAUGUCCAAUCAUUUACUGACACUCAACGGUCCCAUGUCCCCCAAUCUGUAAUGGAUGUUUUGACUGGCACAAGACAUGUAGUUCAAGAGGAUUAUGAUGCGCAGAUUGCAGAACCAAUGUCACCAGAUGGACUUACCAUUGAUGUAAGAGAAGAUGCUUUCCAGGAAAAUUCAGGAACAUCUGAGCCUCUUCCUCCAGGAAUGGAUUGAAAUUUAACAAUAAUUGUUGUAUCAUAGCAGUUUUAUUGGGGGUGUUCAUAUUUCAUAAUACCUGUAAAUAUUUAGUCUACAAGAAAACUGUACAAAAUUACCAAUUACAACAUCAAUAUUUAAAAUGAAUUAUGUUUUGACACAAUCAUAAUAAGGGGGAUAUUGGAUCAAGUAUAUUUUGCACCAGCAUUAAAAUUAUAACUUGUUUGGUUUUAAUUUCUUACACAUACAGUAGUGUAUUUUAUUUUAACCUGGCCGAGACAUCAUUUUUUGUAUAAUGUGAAUAGGUACCGUGUGGAUCUUAGUAUGAAAUCUUUCAUAAAAUGAAAUGAUACCCAUUAUCA